AUGACAUAUUCAAAUAUUGAUCCUAAAAAAGAGAUCCUAGACGACGAGGACGAGGACGAGGACGAGGACGAGGACAGGGACGAGGACGAGGUCAAGAAUCUUGGAAGCAAUCUAGCUGAAUGCAUACGAAAUGGCUUCAAGCCGGAAAACACCACAGUGGAGCAGUACAAGGCCAUGGGGAUAGAGGGUGCCAGGAAAGACGAGUAUGGCAACAUCGUCUUUGCUCCGCCUGGUCUUACUCUGGAGGAGGCAUACGAAAAGAUCGAGCAGGGUGACAAGUUCAUAGCUGGGCUAGGGCAUGAAAAGAUCAUUGAGAUUGUGGAGAACCUGCUCAACACGAACGUGAGGCCGUACAACCGUGAUCCCUUCGAGCCGCUGCUGCGGGAUGGAGGAUUGGACACACAUCCUGAAGACUGGGGUGACUUCAAUGAGGUCGAUGCUUUCGCACAGAAGCUGCUCGAAGACAACGGCUUCGUCUAUGAUGCUGACAACGAUGACUGGCUGCCUCCAAAGACUGAGCAGGAAGUGCAAGAACAACAAGAGCUUAAGAGAAAGAUUCUUGAGAUGCAGGGCCAGGAAGGACCGGCACGGCCGGUAAGGCAGUUGAUCGACGAUACAGAUCCGACAACGACUUAUUCAGUAGUUCAACAUGAGCGGUGA